AUGCUUUCAACUACCGUUUAUAGAAAACUACCAGUUGUAUCAACAACAACAUGUCACAAUUUAAUCAGAUUGUCAUCGACAUUAACUGCUCCACCAUCCACUCCAUUAAAUCAAGUUCCAAAACAUUCUUCUAAUCAUGAAGAUUCAUCAAUAUUUGUUGAACCUAAAAAAUCUGCUUUUGAUGUGUCGACUAAAAUUUAUUCUCAAGAAGGUGUUAAUAGAAAUGAUGAUUCAAGAUAUUUAACUAAACCAACUUAUCCUCAUCCAGUUUUCCCAACUGAAGAAUGUGAAAAUGUUACAGUAACUCAUAGAGAACCACGUACAUUUGGUGAUAAAUUAUCUUAUAAAGGUAUUCAUUAUGUCCGUAAAAUUUUUGAUUUUUUCACUGGUUAUGCUGACCCAAGUCCAAGUAAUCCAAAUCAAUAUGUUGGUACAAGAUACGAAAUGACUGAAGGAAAAUGGAUGACUCGUUGUAUUUUCUUGGAAUCUGUUGCUGGUGUUCCUGGUUCAGUUGCCGGUUUCAUUCGUCAUUUACAUUCCUUAAGAAUGUUGAAAAGAGACAAAGCUUGGAUUGAAACAUUACAUGAUGAAGCAUACAAUGAAAGAAUGCAUUUAUUAACAUUCAUCAAAAUUGGUAAACCAAGUUGGUUCACUAGAUCAAUCAUCUACGUUGGUCAAGGUGUGUUUACUAAUGUUUUCUUUUUCUUAUACUUGUUAAAUCCAAGAUAUUGUCAUAGAUUCGUUGGUUAUUUGGAAGAAGAAGCUGUUAGAACAUAUACCCAUUUAUUAGAAGAAUUGAAAGAACCAGGCAAAUUACCAAACUUUCAAAAAAUGAAAAUCCCAACUGUUGCUGCACAAUAUUGGCCAGAAUUAACUAAUGAAUCUAGUUUUAGAGAUUUAAUUUUAAGAAUCAGAGCUGAUGAAGCCAAACACAGAGAAGUUAAUCAUACUUUUGCUAAUUUGGAACAAAAAUCAGAUAGAAAUCCUUUUGCUUUGAAAAUUGAAGGAUUAAAUGAACCACAACCAAACCAUGGGUUGAAAGUUAUGACCCCAACUGGUUGGGAAAGAAAAGACAUGCAUUUGUGA